UCACCAUUCACCUGCUCAUACCAACACAACAUCCAAAGAAAAUGGAAGGAAUUAGAAACAGUAAGAGGUUGGCUGUAUUGGUUGGGUGCAACUACCCCGACACUCCAAACGAACUUCAUGGCUGCAUAAACGAUGUGUUGGCCAUGCGAGACACUCUGAUCAACAGGUUCGGAUUCGAGCCCUCCAAUAUUGAGUUGCUUACUGAUGUUGCUCCUGCAGGCUCAGGCUCAGGCUCAGGCUCAACCAUGCCCACUGGAGCUAACAUCAAGCUCGCUCUUGCUCGCAUGGUUGAUCAAGCUCAAGAAGGAGACGUCCUUUACUUUCACUAUAGUGGACAUGGAACCAGAAUCUCCUCCAUGAAACCAGGCUUCCCCUUUCGCCGCGAAGAAGAAGCCAUUGUCCCUUGUGAUUUCAAUCUCAUCACUGAUUUGGACUUGAGGCAAUUGGUGAACCGGGUUCCCAAGAGAGCGAGUCUGACGAUUUUGUCAGACUCGUGCCACAGUGGUGGGCUCAUUGACAAAGAGAAGGAACAGAUUGGACCAUCGUCGGUCGUCCACAAGGACGACACAGUGAACCUUACCACCAAACCUAAGACCAUCCCCUUCUCCGCCGUAUUACAACACCUUUCAUCGUUAACAAACAUAAGCAGCUCCGACGUCGGAACCCACUUGUUGGAGUUCUUCGGAUCCGAAGCAAGUUUGAGGUUCAGGCUGCCAUUUGUGGAGCUAGACUUGUUCCAGACCCCGAAGCCCGACGAUGGAAUUCUACUCAGUGGAUGCCAGGCUGACGAAACCUCCGCCGACAUGGACCCCGCCGUGACAGGUGGAAAAGCCUACGGAGCUUUCAGCAACGCCGUUCAGAUGGUGCUUGUGGAGGAUCCUGCUCCGUUGAGUAACAGAGAGAUUGUUGUGAGGGCCAGGAAGAUCCUUCAGUCCAAAGGCUUUGAGCAACACCCUUGUCUCUAUUGCAGCGACGAGAAUGCUGAUGCCACGUUCCUGUGGCAACAACCUCAGGCUUCUGCUUUGUGAUCACUUUAUGACGCAUGAUACAUGACGACGUUCUUCAUUUGCAAAAUUUGGCGAUGGCUGCGUCGUUGAUAUAUCGUCUGUACAAUUGGUUGAAUAUUAUAAAAUAAAUCGAAAAUGAUACUGGUAUUUAAAUGA